AAAGCUAAAUCUUCUCUUGUGCAUGCACAGGUUCUGGCCUAUUGGACGGCUUUGGUCCAAAUUGCAAGCGCCAGGGCCUUCUGAAAUGGUAUAUAAGUGGAAGACGGGCCUGUCAAUCCUGGCCUAAUUUCUUCUGUUUUUUUUUUCUUUUCUCUCACUCAAUACUGCUAGGAAUACUUACAACCACAGGUCAAUCCUGAUUUAGUUUCUUCAAUCCCCUUACCGCUGCCAAGAAUACUUACGACCCAGACACCAUGGGCAGCUCAGAAGGUUCUGAGGAAGAUUCUUCUGGGAAGGGAGACCUGCGCCCAGAGUCUCCCCUACCCAGUCCAAGAACGCAUGAUGAAAUGGACUCCUAUAAAUACCAAUUAUAUGAGAGUAUCCUUCGUGGAUCGUUUGAACGAGUGAAGUCCCUUAUCGACGCAGGAGUGGAUAUAAAUCAGCCAUUCGCGGGAAGAGAACCUCUGGCAGAGAUGGUAGCAGGACCCCCAAUCUAUCAUGCCGCAGUUAAGGGAGCGAAACUGACCCGGCUACUUAUUGACGCUGGUGCAGAAGUUGACCAACAAUAUGGGUUGUCUGGUACUGCCCUUCAAAGGGCAGCAGAUACUGGUGAUUACGAAACAAUGGAACUGCUUCUUGAUGCUGGUGCCAAUGCCAAUGCAGCUCCAGGUGCUGGUAAAACUGCCCUUAGCCGUGCAAUUUUAUCGAGCAUUGAUCCUCUCAAAAAAGUUCAGCUACUGCUGCGCCACGGAGGAGAUGUGAAUGGGAAAGACAGCCAUGGAACAACCCCUCUCGAUGAUGUUUUUGAAUCACGCCGUCUUGAAUUCGCUCCGAUCCUCAUAGCUAGAGGAGCAAAUGUCAUGACUGCUGCUAGGACUUGGCAGCGCUGCAGAGCAGAGCCAUUGCCAAGUUUCUGGCUACAUCUUAACCGUCACCAACCUUACAGGACCCUGGAUGAAGCUUUUACCAGCAUUGUGGGUGCAAGUUUGGCAUUGGAUGUUGUGCGAGUAAUACAGAUGGACUGGGAAAUCCCUAAAUUACUGAAAGCCUACCACAGUGUUUCCUCGAGAGAAGAUAGCGAUUCUGGAGAAGAUAUUCUUUCUCAACACUGGAAGGAGCAGUUUGUGCUAGUGGCAAACGCACUUGAAAUAUCUGGGACAAGUUGCUCCGAAUUUGUGUCCAGACGAUGGGGCAAAGAUGGAUAUGACAUUCUACAGUGUCUUGUAGACAACAUUCAUCUGGCAUGUCGAGCUCCAGGUGAGGUUGUCGAGAUAGUUCUUGCUGCUCAUCUCGAUACACGUUCUUGUUACUAUAUUCAUAGCCUUAGCGUCGACCACAGUUGUUUCAAACUUUGGCUAGAUCCUGGGAUCACAAAGAAGUCUCUAGGAAUAAUUUCAGGAGUAGUCUCUUUCGUCGGGAAAGCUAUCAGGACCUCGAGAACCCCAGAAAAGUUCGCUCUCACGUCUAUGGAGCCCCGACUUGAGGUAGAUCUUGAGGAUCUCACAAAUAUUGAUCGUUCCCUCGUUCUCAAGCUAUGCUUAAAAGAGGAACCCUUUCAAAAUAAAACAUCAGACUGUUGGCAACAUCUGUUUAUUCGAGGAGUGAUUGCGAAAGAUGAAAUCAUUGCAACAGAAGCACGAUCUAAAGGGAAGGGUUUACGAGUCUCUUACGAUCAUAUGGUCAUGAUCUCGUCGGUUAGAUACUCCGUGAGAAUCCAUGAUACCAUAAUUCUUCUGGGAUAUCGUACGGCUCUCAUUGCGACAGAGAUACACGAGGAUUAUGUCCAGUAUCAUGCAGAAGUCAGUGAACGUGGUCAGAUAAACCCAUAUUGUCUCGACCUCAAGGUUGCUGCAUCAGUGAAGAGCAUCUCCGAGCUUGAGCGGCGGCAUUGCUAUAUUGGGUGGUGUACCGAGGCCAGUAUCCGAGCUGGGACCGAAGGCCUAGUGACAGGCCCACUACCGUAUCUUUCUCGAACACGUCCUAAGAAGAAGUCGCUUCAUGUGGAUAGCAUCGCUGCUGGUAUUCAGGCAACUACAGCGUCCCCUUUCCAAGCCGGACUGAACCUCGGAAUUACUGGUAAAUUCGUCGUCAAUAGGGUCCAGUUUGACACUAGUCGAAUUUAUUCCGAACUACUGAGAGAUACGAGCCGCAAUCUCGUUUUAUUAUACGACUCUGGAUCAAGGAUAGGAUGGCUAUUACCGAAAUUAAGCUUGCUUGUCCACAUGUCUCAUAUUUACCUAAAGAAACUUACUGGGUCAAGCAAUGUCCCUUUUUUGCCGGACCAUAUAGAUACAGAGGACAUCAUCAGAAGAUUGGAAAAUCAGGGUAAUCUGGUUCUAUUCGGGAGAGAGGAAUCCCAAACUCUAUUCCAAGAUCUGAUGCUAAGGUUGAAUACCAACAUGCUCAGUUCCGCCGAGAGAACCGAUGAGUCAACGUCCAGGACAUUUUAUGGUCAUGAGUUUCUGGACAUUGUGCUACCCCCAGAAAGAGGAGCAUGGAUGAAACAGGUCCGUGUUAAACGCAACGCCCGUGAUCUGCUUCGUAUCGCGGGCAUUGUGGAUGCUGUUGUGAUUGGCGAUAACCUUGGGAAAAUUAUCCAACCGAGAACCUUUCAAGAUUCCUGCGCAUGCUGCACUGUCCCAUCUGGCUACGAUUAUGUCGUUGCGCCGGUGACAUGUUUAGAAAGGUUGGCAUCAGAUCAUGGCGAAACGAAUGUCCUCUUCAGGAAACUGGGAAACAGCACAUACUGGGCUAUCUCUAGCAGACCCUUUCAGGCCCGUCGCCACCUCCCAGGUGGGAGCGCUGGCUAUUGGUACCAAAUCGAAAAUUUCCAACGUGUGACCAGCAAUAUACCAGAAAGUGCCGGCAUGAGCAACGGAACAGCAGUCCCAACAAAUCCCCCAAUGGGAGGUGCCGUCGUUUUCGGAAAGCCCAUUGACCCAAAUUCAAAGCCGUCAGUUUUCAAAUUGCCAAACUAUGAUGUCUUUGGCCAAUAUAAGCGCUUUGUCCAACUAUUCAAGCAGUGAAUUUCCA